UAAGCCACCAAUCUAGCUGGAGGACCAAUUCAGUCUACGGCGAAAGCUCCUGGUGAAAAGAUCGGGUUUCGGUUCGAGGAUCGUCACUGGAAAAAAAGGUGGUGCAUCUGAAGAAAGCCUUUCCUUUCGUUUUUCGUUGAUCGUUGGUAUCGAUAUCCAGGGGGAGCGAAUCGGCAAGAGUCAUCGUCAUCGCUGCUAGAUCUGGACUAAAGAAGCAGCAUUUGUGUGGAUUCUCGACGGUUUCUGAACUGCAAGUCUUGAUAUCGAUUUAUUGGUUGGUUUUUGAAGCGGUGAGUGAGUUAUGAGUGGAUUUCAGUGUAGUAAAGUGCCGUGUUAAUUGCAAGAGUCACGUGUAAAUCCGAAACAAAGUGCAACUUUAACUUCUGAACAACAACAAAAAUUCUGCUGCUCAGUUUGGUGAUUCCUGUCGAGAAAGUAUCGAAUUUUCUAUCACAAUGAAAUUUACCCCGCCGCCAAGUUCCCUCCGGGGGCCACUCGUCAUCCCGGACAAGAUCAUGAUGGGCCCGGGGCCGUCCAACUGUUCGAAACGUGUCCUCGCGGCGUUGAACAACACCUGCCUCAGCAACUUCCACGACGAGCUGUUCCAGGUCAUCGACGAAGUCAAAGACGGCCUGCGGUACAUUUUCCAAACCGAAAACCGAACCACCAUGUGCAUCACCGGUUCGGCUCACACCGGCAUGGAAGCUCUGCUGUGCAAUCUACUGGAAGAGGGAGACAUCGUACUCAUCGCCAACAACGGUAUCUGGGCAGAGCGAGCGAUCAAUAUGGCCACCCGAUAUGGAGCGGACGUCCGGGUAUUGGAGGGACCGGCCGACAAACCUUUCUCGAUGACCGAUUUCAAAAAAGCGAUCGAACAACACAGGCCGAAAUGUCUGUUCGUAGUUCAUGGAGACUCGUCUUCUGGACUUCUCCAACCUCUGGAAGGUCUGGGGAAAAUCUGCCACGACUAUGACUGCCUUCUGCUCGUAGAUGCCGUGGCUAGCCUUUGUGGUGUCCCGUUCUACAUGGACAAAUGGGAGAUCGAUGGCGUCUAUACCGGGUCACAGAAGGUGCUGGGAGCCCCACCUGGAAUAACGCCCAUUUCCAUCAGCCCGAAAGCAUUAGAAGUAAUUCGGUCACGAAAAACGCCAUCCAAAGUAUUCUACUGGGACCUGUUAAUCUUGGGCAACUACUGGGGAUGCUACGACGAGCAGAAACGUUAUCAUCACACCGUGCCUUCCAACCUGAUAUUUGCUCUCCGGGAAGCCAUAGCCCAGAUAGCUGAAGAAGGUCUUGAGCCAGUCAUACGGCGAAGACAGGAAUGUGCCGAGCAAAUGUAUCGCGGUCUGCAGGCAAUGGGUUUAGAAAUAUUCGUCAAAGAUCCCGAGUACCGGUUACCGACCGUGACCUGUAUUAUGAUCCCAAAGGGCGUCAACUGGUGGAAGGUCUCCGAAUACGCCAUGAACAACUUUUCGCUGGAGAUCCAGGGUGGAUUUGGCCCGACGAUGGGAAUUGCGUGGCGAGCUGGUAUCAUGGGCGAGAGUUCAACACUUCAGCGGGUAAACUUCUAUCUGUAUGCGUUCAAGGAAUCUCUCAAAGCUACCCAUCCGGAUUACGUAUUUGAGAAAAAGAACGGCCAAACAAAUGGAACGAAGUAACCUCGUCGUACAGUUGAACUACUGUAUGCAGAAAAAGGAUAAACACAAUUUUUAAUGCUGUUUUUGGAUGAUCAAACUAAAUAGAAGAUUAAACAACUAAUAUUCAAUAAAUUUAUCAAAUUGUGAGCAGAUGAUAAUUUUAA